CGGGAGGCGGAUUAGGGCGGCGGCCGGUGCGCGGGGCUCCCCCGAACAGGGGAUCUUCCUGACCCAGGGAUCGAAUCUGAGUCCCCUGCAUUGGCAGGCAAGUUCUUUACCACUGGCUCACCACGGAAGCCCUUGGAGCAACUCAAAGCCCUGCUGAGAUGAGGAAUCAAUCAAAACAGACCAAGGCUCAGCACGUCGAGAUGACCACAGCCACCCCUUUGGGGGGUAACACCGUCUACUCACUGAACAUGACCACCAGAGGAGAAGACUUUCUAUACAAGAGUUCUGGAGCCAUCAUUGCUGCCGUUGUGGUGGUUGUCAUCAUCAUCUUCACUGUGGUUCUGAUCUUGCUGAAGAUGUACAACAGGAAAAUGAGGACGAGACGGGAGCUGGAACCCAAGGGCCCCAAGCCAGCUUCCCCUUCUGCCCUGGGCGCAAACAGCAACAUCAGCCAACAGCCUGCAACGGUGACCUUCAGCCCUGUUGAUAUCCACGUGGAGGCUCGGUGACGCCCACGCUGGGGCUGGCUCAGCCACCGACCAAAGAGCCUUCAGUCAAGACCAAGAAGCACAUUUCUCCUCCGGCAGCUUCACGAUGAGUCCCUUCCGGUCAGGUUGACGGGGGCAUCUCUUACUCAAUCCCUUAUGCUUCUGGCGACUCCCAACCCCAUCCUGCCCGACCCCAGCCCAGCUUCAUCCGUAUCCCUGCCGCCACCCUUCCUAAAAGCUCUGCUACGUUGGGAAUCCACUGAUGUGGGUUUAGCCGUCUCCCCUAAACACAAUAGCUAGACAGACAGACGGGUAGGCAGGCAUGCAGAUAGCCCAGGUGGCUUCUGGUUAGGAGUCAGGAGUCAGGGCAUGCUCCUGAGAGUCAUGGGGUCUGCCUGGGGUCAUAUCAGAGGGAGGGCCCUAUCCAUAGCUUUGCAGCCGAAAAUACUCGAUCCCAUAAUCAGGCACAGGGGAACUAACUGGGACUCACUAACCAAAACUCAGCUUGUUCAUGUACAACUUGUUCUAGAACUAAAUGAACACUAGCUAGCUUCUGACAACUGAUCUGCACAUUUCUCCAUCUUUAAGAAAGGUUAUAGAAAAAAUUGAAUUCUCCAAAAGUGUCUACAUCUUUAGUAAAGAGUCAAAGUCAAGGACACAGGAUGACCUUGGGAAGACAUGGGAAGAAUGGCCUCUAGGAUGAGAGCGUAUUGCAGUGUCCACGGGCCAAGAAUGAGCCUGGAGACUGGCCAGGGCCCCUCCCACCCCAGGGGUUUGGUGUGGCUGGGUUAACCUUGAUUCAGGCUCAUUUCUUGGCUUCCCUCUAUUUGGAUUCUGAGCAGUCCUCACUCUCCAGUUACCACCUUACCUCCAAGGUCAGGUAUUUGGAGACUGAUUAGAUUACAACUCUAUUUAUGUUACCUCUAGCCUUCCUGGAGGUAAAGCCUUUGUAAAGCCUUCACUUUACAAAGAUUCUGGAUAUAUUCAAAGUACCAUAUUCACAAACCAUUCCCCUGGACAGAACUUAUCUCUUUGACUCCUUAGCCUGGAGAACAGUUGAAAAAGGAAAGAAUUUGGGAUUAAAGUGAUCUGUUUUCUAAGCCCCACUUCCUGUUUGUGAGACCAUGGGAGAGUGACUUGACUCCUCCCUAUUCUGUUUCCUAACAUGAAAUGGAAUAAUGUCUGCCCCACUGGAUAACAAGUCAAGCACCUAGUAAAGUAGCUCAGGUGGUGCCUGGCACCCAACAGAUGCGCUCUAAAUGGGAACCAGCAUUAUUAUCAUGAAUUUCUUCCAUUGCAAGACAUAUGCUUGUUCCCAUUUUAAUGAUUCUGAAGUCAGAAUAUGUUUUAAAAUUGAUGGACCCAUUAACAAAGUUGUAUUUUUUUUCCUCUCAAAAAAAAGUUGUAUUUUUUUUCCUCUCAAAAAGCUCUUUUUUUAACCAAUUGUACAUUUUAUAAUUGACAACAUCUUGGAAACAAGGUAAUAAAUCUGUAUUCUGUUACAGAAAGUGACACACUCUGACCUUUAAUCUUAAAUUCUAGGAGUCUCUCCUUGUUGCAGUCAGAUAUCCCUUUCGAGGGAAAACUGAGGAUCUUGGAGGUAGGAAGACUGACCCAGAGUUAUACAGCUCCUGUCAUCCCACUAUAGAAAUGCUCACUUCAGAUUGUCUGGAGAGGGACCUUCUUGGCAGUCCAGUGGUUAAUACUUCACACUCCCAAUGCCGGGGGCACAGGUUCAAUCCCUGGUCAGAGAACUACGAUCCCUGAGGGCCGUGUGGCCAGACACACACACACACAAGAAUAUGUCUGGAAAAACACUGGCAAAUUCUUUCUUCCCAGACAUCUCUUCUCCAUCCUGUGUUUAAAUAUCCACCAGACACUUUGCAAGGUGCUUUCAUGUAAAUUUUCUCCUGGGAUUUGUCUUUCCCAGUUACCCUGGGAGAUGCUAUUUUUUUCCAUUUGCCACUGAGAAUUUCAAACUCAAAGAGACAAAAUACUUGCCAGAAGUCUCACAUCUAGUAAGUUGCAAAGACAAGACUCAGAUCCAGGUCUCUUUGACUCCAAGGUCCAUCUAUGUGUUGUAUCACACUCUUCCCUAACACCUUGGCUCAAAGAAUGUGGAUUCUUCUGUGAGUUGAACAAGAGUAGGACAGGCUCAUUCAUGUGUCUGAGUGGAGGUCAGGGUCUAGCUUCCACAACAAAAGUGGGGUAAAUUCACUUUGUUAGCUUCUUUGGGCUUCUGUAGCCAAGGGGGCCCUUUCCAAGUCCAUCCAAGCUCUAAGGAGUCCUGCUUCAUUCCCCCUACCAUUUAGUCUCAAGGAGCAAGGCAUGAGAUGCCUCAAACCAGGGCAAAGCCAUUUAAGGACUCAAGCACACAUAGAUAUGUUUCCCAAAAGUAUUUUGCCUUAAAAAAGAAAAAAGUUGGACCAUAAAGAAGGCUAAGCACCAAAGAACUGAUUCUUUCAAACUGUGGUGUUCGAACUCUUGAGAGUCCCUUGGACAUCAAGGAGAUCAA